AUGGCCGCCACGGCAGACCCCGAGUUCCCCUGCUCAAUGCAAGUCUACCCCUCCCUUUCCUAUAUCAGCUGGCCCCCCUACAGAACUAUCAACGUCCCCUUCCCCAGCGAACGCCUCGCCUCCACGGCCCUCAGGACCCUCCAGGUCGACAAGGAGCUCUCCCCCCUCGUGCGCCGACACCUCUCCGUCAUCACCCCUCCCUCGGACGACGACAACAACAGCGAAGGCCGGCUGCUCAAGACGGAGUACGAAGCAGCCACGAACCGCAUGCUCCGCGUCGCCGUCAACUCGUUCAUGGAGAGCCUCAAACUCGUGCUCGAGGUCAUGGAGCACCUCGACGUCGAUGUUCUAGAGCAGCAGAAGCUGCAAAAGCCGCCCAGCUGA